AAGAAGAAGGAUUUUCAGCAUGGCAUCGUGGCUUCUGUUCCUCUUUCUUCCUGUAUCUUGUGGAUCGCAUCCUGGAAUACGACUUGAUCUCAGCGAAUGUACUGCUUAGGGAAUGAAAACUUCUCAACAAGUGAUAAUACUGCCGCACUGCCCGUCGUUGAGCUUGAUAAAAGCUGACAUGCUAGAGCUCUUGCUUAGAGUAGGGUCGCCCUUUCGUUUCCCCCUUGACUUCAGCGUUUGUAUCUAGAAAUGGUUGCUUUCUCUCGUCUCGUUCUUGGAGUAGCUGCUCUAGGUCCUGUUAUAGCAGCACCUUGGCCUCUGACUGCUAAACAUGCAACACACCAAGUGCGGACUAUGCCUAACGGCCUGCAGGUCACAUCAUUUCACCCACUGUCCCAAUUCGAAACUUUCGGUGCUGGUGUCGACCAUCCCUUGUCCAAACGCGCCGAACCUGCCGAUGUGGAGCAGAAAUCCGUGUCAUUCACUGCUUCGCGACUUGGCGUUAGCGAGGACGACAUCGCUUUCAAGAAAAGUUUUACCGGUCAGACAGCUACUCAUGCCUAUCUGAAGCAGAAGAUUAAUGGCGUCGAAGUCGCCAACGCUGUUGCGAAUGUCGCCCUGAACUCUGACGAUAAGGUCGUCACCUUUGGUGCGAAUUUUGUUAAACCCCAAAGCGUAUCAUCGACCAUACCGAAGAUCUCUUCGGAUGAGGCCAUCUCAGCCGCAGAGAAGCAGUUAGGAGCCACACACAACGGCUUCCCGACUGGCCUGGAAUUCUUCGCCAAGGACGACGGAAGUGUUGUUCUCACCCACGUCGUCCAAGUGGAGAAUGUCCAUUGGCUAGAAACAUUCGUCGAUGCGCAGUCUGGAGAAGUCGUCGGAGUCAAUGACUUCACUGCUGACUCUGCCUUCCUUGUAGUUCCGAUUCAUGAACAGGAUCCGAGGCAAGGCAUGGAAGUUCAGACAAAUCCCGAGGAUACUGCUGCUUCUCCCGAUGGAUGGAACACUGGUUCUACAGGCACCUCGGGAAACAAUGUUAUUUCUUUCAAGGGCUCUCAAUCUGAUAUAACACAAGAAUCGUCGUCGGGACUCGUGUUCAACUUUCCAGAUGAUGAUACCCUUGCGCCAACCGCCGGUACUAACCUGGACUCAGCCCGUACAAAUGCCUUCUACGUCUCUAAUAAUGUUCAUGAUAUUACUUACCGCUAUGGUUUCACGGAGUCCGCAUUCAACUUCCAGAAUGACAACUUUGGCAAGGGUGGAGCGGGAAAUGACCGCGUUACAAUCUCUGUCCAGGAUUCUGCAGGUACGAACAAUGCCGAUUUUUCCACACCUCCUGAUGGCCAGUCGGGACGCAUGCGGAUGUUCCUCUGGACCUUUACUUCUCCCAUGCGUGAUGGAGCCCUCGAGAACGAUAUUGUCUCACACGAGAAUACGCACGGAACCUCGAACCGACUCACCGGUGGUGGAACAGGACGAUGUCUGCAAGCUAGGGAAGCUGGUGGGAUGGGCGAGGGCUGGUCUGAUGCCUUCGCUGAAUGGACCGAGCAGACGGCUGAAGUGGGAGACUUUACGCUCGGAAGCUAUGUGACGAAUGACCCAGCUGGCAUCCGCUCUGUUCCUUACAGCACUGACAAAUCAGUCGAUCCGUUGAUGUACUCUGACCUGCAGACUCGUACCGAAGUUCAUGACAUUGGCGAAGUCUGGGCAACGAUGCUGCACGACGUUUUAGCUGCUUUGGUUGGCGUACACGGCUUCUCAACUACCGCUGAUACCAACCCCGAUGGCACCGAAGGGAACAUCGUUUAUAUGCACUUGUUCAUUGACCAACUCGCCCUGCAACCGUGCAAUCCAACGUUCCUCCAAGCCCGUGACGCAUGGAUCCAAGCUGAUGUGAACAGGUACAACGGCGCAAAUCAGUGUUUAUUGUGGAACGCUUUUGCUGGCCGCGGACUCGGUGUGAAUGCUGCUAAUCACCAGAAUGAUGCUACGGUACCCGAUGGGUGCUAAUUGGAUGUAGCAUCCCUUCGCCACAGGAUCACGCCGACGCUCUAAUAUAAUAGAUACACUGGCUCUUUCGAAGAUCAGCUGUUAACAUAUACCG